AUUGUGGGAUGUUCCGAUUGGUCGGCAGGAAUGGAACGUCGCCACCGUUGCUGCGCUGGUUGACGGGAGCAGGAAAAUAUGGCGGAUGUGGCGGAGCCGGAGAAGAAAAGAAGGAAAGUAGAAGAGCACACUGACAAAAUGGCUGUUGAUGGUGGGUAUGGGGACACUGGAGACUGGGAAGGUCGCUGGAAUCACGUGAGGAAGUUCCUUGAACGCUCAGGACCAUUCACACAUCCUGACUUUGAACCAAGUACUGAAUCACUCCAGUUCCUUCUAGAGACCUGCAAAGUUCUAGUUAUUGGAGCAGGAGGUUUAGGAUGUGAACUCCUUAAAAAUCUGGCUCUCAUGGGCUUCAGACAAAUAAAUGUCAUUGAUAUGGAUACAAUUGACGUUUCUAAUUUGAACAGACAAUUUUUAUUUCGACCAAAAGAUGUAGGAAGGCCAAAAGCUGAAGUAGCUGCUGAGUUUGUUAACAAUCGAAUUCCUGGUUGCAACGUAGUACCACAUUUUAAAAAGAUACAAGAUUUUAGUGAAUCCUUUUACAGACAAUUUCAUAUCGUUAUUAGUGGAUUAGAUUCUAUCAUCGCCCGACGAUGGAUCAAUGGGAUGUUGAUAUCACUGCUGAACUUUGAAGAUGGAACACUAGACCCAAGCUCCAUUAUACCAUUGAUCGAUGGUGGGACCGAAGGGUUUAAGGGUAAUGCACGUGUUAUAUUGCCAGGACUGACAGCAUGUAUAGAGUGUACACUGGAAUUGUACCCUCCUCAGAUUAACUUUCCCAUGUGUACCAUUGCUUCUAUGCCCAGGCUUCCAGAGCAUUGUAUUGAAUAUGUCAGAGUUUUGCAGUGGCCAAAAGAAAUCCCGUUUGGAGAGGGCGUUGCACUGGAUGGUGAUGAUCCUGAGCAUAUACAGUGGGUUUUUCAGAAAUCACUUGAAAGAGCUACUCACUUUAACAUAACUGGUAUAACAUAUAGGCUUACUCAAGGUGUUAUUAAGAGAAUUAUCCCUGCAGUAGCAUCUACCAAUGCAGUAAUUGCAGCUGUAUGUGCAACUGAAGUCUUCAAAAUUGCAUCAAGUGCAUAUAUUCCUCUGAAUAACUACUUGGUGUUCAAUGAUGUUGACGGCCUUUACACAUACACGUUUGAAGCAGAACGUAAGGAAAACUGUCCUGCCUGCAGCCAGGUACCUCAGGACCUGCAAUUUUCACCAUCUGCAAAACUUCAAGAACUCCUAGAUUACUUGACUCAAAGUGCUUCACUACAAAUGAAAUCUCCAGCUAUCACUGCAACUUUGGAUGGAAAGAAUAAAACACUGUAUUUACAAACUGUAGCAUCAAUUGAAGAAAGGACGAGACCAAAUCUUUCAAAAACUCUGAAAGAAUUGGGCCUUACAAAUGGACAGGAAUUGGCAGUGGCUGAUAUAACAACACCUCAGACAGUGAUUUUCAAACUCCAUUUCACCACUUGACUGAUUUUGAAAACAUUCUGAGCAAAUUAUAUAAAAAUGCUUUUAGGAGAAGUAUUGAUAUGUUUACCAGUGUACUAGACUUUGUCACUUUCUAACAAUCUUGGAUUUAAACUGCAAUACCUUUGCUGGUAUCACAUCAGACCGUAAAUUGCUGAGGGUGCAUUGUAUAUAUUAUGUUUGAAAUGGGAUAUGAACAGAGUCACCAAUGUAUCGUGGUAGGAAUGACAUAUAUAGGAAACUGGGGCAUGUAAUUCCUUUUCUUAAUUUCAUCCAUUGUAAUUAUUGAGUUAAGAUUGUUUUAAGCCAGCAAGAAAUCAUAUUGUGUUUAAGUAAUUAUUUUUGUCAAAUUUUCAAGCAAGAUUUUUGUUCAGUUACACAAUUCACAUUUUAUAUAUUUAUUGAAUGGAGUAUUAGCUUGAACAAAUGUGUCUGAUUUAUUUAAACUUGUAUUACCUAAAGUCCUUAGUUAAUUAACUUAAAAUCUAGACUUGCAUUUCACAAGUGGAAAGUUAUCCAGAUGUCAUAUAUUACAGUUUUUGGUUAUGAAUGGUUUUAUAAUGCUGUAAAGAAUGCUACUUUACGCCAAAAAUGUCUUUCCUCAUGAUGUGUAGUACUAAGAAGCCCCAUAUCAGAAACUGUUGUAACUUUUUUAAAAUUCUGAAAUGUACAGUAUCUUCCCUUUGAAAAUACUCCAAAAGAAGUUGAGAAUACUGUAAUAAAAUGAGCAAUAAUUCUCUUGGA